ACGUAACGUCAGCUUCUUGCCACGGGAAGUAUGAGUGUUUUAUAGAAGUAAAAGACGAAGCCGUCGAGCUGCGCUUUAACCAUUUCUAAGGUAUGGCAACGCCUGGGGGUCAAGGUGUGCCCUAUGGAGGCGUUCCUUACGGCCGGCCGGGAGCACCUUCUUCUGGGGUAGCAGAAGGGACAAGUCCCCAUGCUGUGCCUUAUGGGGACAGUGCCCAACACAUGGCCAAGGAAGCCCACCAACUCCGACCUCCGCCUUCAGGGGUUAUGGCCCAACCUCCAUCAACACAGUCAAAGCCCAAUGGGCCAACUGUAAACGGCAGCUGGGCUCAUUUGGGUGGUGGGUACACCAAUGGACCUGCAUCAAAGGUUUCCCCGCACCAACAGCAAGUGCCUUCUUUGAGUCCUGCAGGUGUGCCAUCGAGCAGAAUAAACCAGAGUUACCAGCAGCCUGGCUCAAGUCCUCUAGUGACACCUACAACAUCUGAGCCAACAUCAGCGAAGUCUUCACGGAACGCUUCUCCAAUCCCAAGUCAGCGUUACGAUUUCAUGGAGGGGCAGUUCUCUUCUCCCAGGCCGAGCCCUGUCAACUACACGUACCCCAACACCAGUCAAGCAGCUCCACCCCUCCGGGGAGGCCCACAACCACCAGUAGUAGGAUUCUAUCCACCAGCCUCUCAGGGAUCAAGCUCGUCAACCUUUGCAAGGGUGGCACCACAGCAGUCUGGACAACCUCCUAUGGGGCCACCUACCUCUGGAUCCUCAUUCGCCAGGCCAACACCUGUGUCAGUGCCUAGCAGCCUACCUUCGCCACCCGUUUCUGGUAGCGCAUAUCCAGUGUCCACUCCCUCUUGUGCUUUCCCUGGACCUCCCACAUUGGGUGUGCAAUCUGUGCCAGGCAUGCCACCUCCAGUCUCGUCCAACCAGCACCCAGCUACCAGCCCUCAAGCUGCAUUUCAAGGCCAGCUGUCAGCAUCCACCACUUUUCGGCCAGUCAUGGGCCCAGCCCCACCAGUCUCAGGUCCCCCUCUGCCUCCACCCUUGGGUACCAGCCGACUGCCUGGCCAACCACCUGCUGCUGCUAUCCCUUCUCCUCCUACAUCUUCAGUGCCACAUCCACCAUCAUCCCAGUUUUCAGGCCCACCUCCACCAGUGUCGGGACAGAGUGCAUCGGCACACUUUCAGGGUCUGAGGGUCCCGGGUGUGGCUAGCUCUGGAGUGCCUUCACCUCCUGUUUCGCUCCCAGCGACACAAUCUCAGGGGUAUGGACCACCUCCAGGUAGCAUGCUUGGUGCACCACAACUGAGACAGGGUUUCCCUGGCCCACCGCCCACUUCAGCUGCUCAGGCCCAGGCAUUGCACGGGAGGCCAUCAUAUCCGCAACAGCCUGGCUACAGUCAUUCAAGUGGCACCAACAGUAUGCAGCCGCCACCACCUCCCCUCUACAACACUCAGCAGCAGCAGCAGCAGCAGCAGCAGCAACCAACUCUUGAGCCACCCAUGGGAGGAGUGCCAGGCUAUGACCCAGAACUACAUUCAAGAAUGUCAGGCCUCAGUGUAAAUGCCAGCUUCAACAAACUUUGGGGCUAUGAAGCAUGCAAUUUGCUUCAAACACGGAACAUUCUUCCCAAGGCUCCAGAGGACCCACCCAAGCCAUCGCUGCCUGGUGAUAAUGCAAAUUGUUCACCUGACAUAUUUAGGUGCACUUUGACCAAGAUACCAGAGACGCAGUCCCUUCUGCAGAAGGCUCGCCUACCGUUAGGUGUCCUUAUUCAUCCAUUUCGAGAUGUUAAUCACCUGCCUGUGAUUCAAAGCAGCACCAUUGUGCGCUGUCGCUCUUGUCGUGCCUACAUCAACCCAUACGUGCAGUUUGUGGAGAGGCAAAAGUGGAAGUGCAACAUUUGCUUCCGCAUCAAUCCCUUGCCUGAUGACUUCAUGUAUGACCCAUCAACGAAAAAAUAUGGUGAGCCAGAACGGCGGCCUGAGGUUCGCCAUGCUACUGUGGAGUUCAUUGCCCCAACAGAAUACAUGUUACGGCCACCGCAGCCAGCAGCCUACCUCUUUGUUCUUGAUGUUUCCCAUGGUGCCAUACAGACAGGAUACUUGUCAUCAUUCUGCAAGGUCCUUUUGGAGGAGCUGGACAACAUUCCAGGUGACAGUCGUACACAGGUGGGCUUUGUAACCUUCGACUCUUCAGUACACUUCUACAACUUGGGUGAAGGGCUCAGCCAGCCACAGAUGCUGCUUGUCUCGGACAUUGAUGAUGUAUUUGUGCCCUCUCCAGACAGUCUGUUAGUCAACAUCCAUGAAAGCAAAGCACUUGUACAAGAUCUCUUGACCAAUCUGCCGUCAAUCCAUGCACAAAAUGGGGAAACGACGAGUGCCUUGGGUGCUGCUGUACAGGCUGCUUAUAAGCUAGUGAGUCCUAUUGGUGGGAGGGUAUCAGUGUUCCAGACUUGCCUUCCUAAUGCUGGUCCUGGUAGCCUCAAGCCUAGAGAAGACCCCAAUCAGAGGGCUGCAAAGGAAAUCAUGAACCUGCUACCAGCGACUGACUUCUACAAGAAACUUGCCCUCGACUGCUCAGGCCAGCAAGUGGCUGUUGAUGUGUUCCUCAUGGGCGCACAAUAUAUGGACGUGGCAAGCAUUGCCUGUAUCUCCAAGUACUCUGCAGGCUGCAUCAGCUAUUAUCCAGGCCUGCACAGCAUUCAGAACCGGAGUCAGGUAGAGAAGUUUGAGGCUGAGCUGAGGUAUUACAUCACACGCAAGAUCGGCUUUGAAGCAGUUAUGAGGAUACGGUGUACCAAAGGACUUGUGAUUCACACGUUCCAUGGCAACUUCUUCGUGCGCUCAACAGACCUGCUGUCGUUGCCCAAUGUGAACCCAGAUGCAGGUUUCGGCAUGCAGAUAGCCAUUGAAGAGAGCUUGGCUGACUGUAACCUAGCCUGUUUUCAGGCGGCAGUACUUUACACAUCCAGUCGAGGUGAAAGGCGGAUUCGGGUGCACACACUGUGCCUUCCGGUGACUGCAAUGCUGCAAGACAUCCUCGGAUCUGUAGAUCAGGAAGCAGUCAUGGGCAUGCUCUGUAAAAUGGCGGUGGACCGGAGCCUUUCAUCGUCAGUGGUGGAUGCACGAGAGGCAAUGGUUAAUGCCUGCCUGGACCUGAUCCAAGCUUUCAAGACUACGCUGAAUGCUGGUCAAGCAGCUGCAUUGGGGCUGCCUAUACCACAUUGUGCCCGCCUCGUGCCGCUAUAUGUGCUUGCACUCAUGAAACAUACAGCAUUUCGUGUGGGCAUUAGUACCAAGCUGGACGAACGGGUCUUUGCUAUGGAACAGAUGAAAAUGAUGCCUCUGUCGUACCUGAUGACUUACAUCUAUCCAGCAUUGUAUCCUCUACAUAUGCUUGAUGACCAGGACACCUUGGAGCUGGACGAUGGAACACUGGUGUGCCAGCCGCCACGAUUGCAGCUGUCCUUUGAAAAUAUUGACAGGCAUGGUUGCUACGCAUUGGACACAGUCGACCGCCUCUACCUAUAUGUGAGCCGUGCACUCAGCGACCGAUUCUGCACGAAUGUGCUGGGCGUGCCAAACUUUGCUGCCAUUCCUGAGGACAUGAAUGAGCUGCCCCAGCUUGAAACUGAGGAGUCUGAAAGGGUACGAAACUUCCUUUCCUGGACACAGUCAAGACGGCCCUUCUACAGCCCCCUCUGGGUGAUCAGGGAAGACAGCAAGGAUCGGCACCUUUUUGUGCAGCACAUGGUUGAUGACCGAACAGAAUCAGCACUUUCCUACUAUGAAUUCCUUCAACACUUGAAGCAGCAGCUAAGCAAAUAGGAAGAAGACUGCUCAUAGUUUAUAAACGUUCUUUUAUUAUUUUUUCUUCUUUCUUUUCCCCAGUGGUCUUGCCUCUUUCUCACUCCUCUGUGGCUCUUCUUUCUUGUCCACUCCUGUGCAGCUGUAACUUGCAGCAGAAACUUCGUGGACACUCAAGGCGAGCCUACUUUCACAGUUCGUGUGAAGACGUCGAUGCGCGCGACUUGUGCGUGUGUGUGUGUGCAACAAAACACCCUGCAAUGCCAGAAGUGUGGUGCCACGGGAAAGAAAUGUUCUCUCGUGAUAAAGAGAGAGAGAGAGUGUGUCGAUGGAGCAUUAGACUGUGUGCUUUUUUUUUCUUGCUCCCUCCUCCUUUCUCUCCGUUUGUUUUAAGGGCAUGAAAAAAAUUGUAUGCCAAGUUUACCCAUGGGUGUUGUGCCGUGAAAGCUGCUCUGUCGUUUACUUAGGCGCCGUUUUAAAGGUUUAUGUUUCCUGCCUUUUCUUCUAAAAAUAUAACUUGCAACUUGGUGUUUUAAAAUUCUUUUCUAGUGGAAUCGCAUUAUUUUUUUUUCUUGUGGUGUCAUUUUCUUAGAGAACAAGAAAAGGCUAUUUUGAGAGUGGCUUUUUCUUCUUCACACCUGAAGCUUAUCUCGCGUAACUGCAAGGAUUGCCUCUCCUUUUUACUGUACCUUUAUAGGGAUAGAACUAAUUGGCUGAUGUUGGUACCUUGUGAUUUCAGUUGACACAGAGUUUGGUUCAUUUUCCAUGUGGCAUAACAAAAGACUAAUCUUUUUCUGAAAUAUGUCUUUGAGAGAUGAAUUUUUGUUCAAUUAGUAAAGACAUCUGCCCGGUUUCCACAGGGCUGUUAAAAUGUGCUCAGCUGUUUGCUUUGGAGGCUAACUUAAUGGUUUUUGAACAACUUUGCUACUGUUGCUUCAGGCCUGUUCAAUGAAGUUGUUCCUUUUAUCAUAUGAACUCUGUUUUCUACACAUGGUUUUCUGCUUUUGUAGAUGUUAUUCUGUGCAGAUGAGAAGUGCUUGGAGAUGGUAUUUCGGGGGCAGCCAUGACAUUGUAAUUUGCAGUUUAUAUUACCUUUUGUGUUUGUGGUUGGGGGCUCUUAAAAAUUUGAGUAUUGCCACAGUGUUUGACUUUUUAACAAAUUGCCAUCCAUGAAUUGCUUCAGUGAUGUGCACUAGGAGUUGUGUGUAUAUAAACAUAGGUAUAUAUACAUAUUAUAAAUGUGUCAAGAACAAUUGUUUGCUGUUUUGUUUGUUUUUUGCUUUUGGGUGUGAUGCCGCUAGAACAUUUUACUGCUUUGUGCAAAGA